AUGCGUCAAAGCUCCCCGCGUUACGCAAGAGAAGAAAAUGAAGCUUCCAGCCGCCCGGUCAGAACAACAUCCUCACCGAAACUGUCAUGGAUCGAUUCCGACCCACGAAUCUUGGAAAAGCCAGCUACAGCCGUACCUCGUGUUGUAGACAUGCCUUUCUCUCGACCGUCGUCGCCAAAGUCCACUCGUUCUAGAUCAACUCCUGGAACUUCAGAAGGCUCCGCGAAAUCUGAAAGUGGAAGCGAUCAGCCUCAAUACCGUGUUCCGCCUCCGGCACUACCUUCGACUCAAGAUCAAGAAAAUGAUCCCCCACCAACGUUCAAAAGAGCCAAACCGUCUGGUCUCAGUCUACUGGAUAAGCCUGAGAAGUAUUCAGUCGUUUACGACGAUGAUAAUAAAGAACGCGAAUUGCCACCAACAACAGUAUCACCGCGGAAACCACUUACUUCACGGAGCAACAAUACUCCACGCACCAUGGCUCCACCACCACCUAAGAUGUCUGUCUUGGAGACUGCUACCGCGACAGGAGGUGCAGCAACAACGACAUCGCAGUCCCGGAAAAAGAGGAGUCAAGUGACAAUCAACCACAAAGCUUUCACUCGCAUGGAUUGCAUUGGGCGUGGAGGUACUUCUCGUGUCUACCGUGUCAUGGCCGAAAACUACAAGAUAUUCGCUCUCAAGCGAGUGAAUUUGGAAGAUGCCGAUCGGGUUACUUUGGCCGGUUACAAAGGAGAGAUUGAUUUGCUGAAGCGAUUGGAAAAUGUCGAUCGAGUCGUGCGACUGUUCGAUUGGGAAAUCAACAUGGAGAAACAUACUCUUAGUGUGCUUAUGGAGAUUGGAGAAUCUGAUUUGGAAAAGAUUUUGGCAUACCGGCUCAAUGCGGAUGAUGCUAUUUUUGAUUCCAGUUUUACUCGGUUUUAUUGGAAAGAAAUGUUGGAGUGUGUGCAGGCGGUCCACAAGCAUAAUAUUGUCCAUUCCGAUCUCAAACCCGCAAACUUCCUGCUGGUCCAGGGACGGCUGAAAAUCAUUGAUUUUGGCAUUGCCAAUGCGAUAUCUGAUGACACCGUCAACGUGCAUCGCGAGCACCAAGUCGGAACACCAAACUACAUGUCGCCCGAAGCACUCAUUGACUCGAACGCGGCAUCCGGAUUACCGGCCAGCGUUGGCAAAAUGAUGAAACUCGGCAAACCAAGUGACGUUUGGAGUCUGGGCUGUAUCUUGUACAAAAUGGUCUAUGGACAGCCACCAUUUGCACGAAUCGCAAAAUACUACGAACGAAUCAUGGCUAUUCCCAACCCGAAAAUCCCGAUCGAAUUCCCACAAUUCGCAGUCGGCGGCGUGACCGUUCCACCGGGUUUGCUACGAACGAUGAAACGAUGCUUACAGCGCGAUCAAACCCUCCGUCCCACAACUGAAGAGCUGCUCAGCGAUCGAGACCCAUUCUUGUAUCCUGAAGCUCAGCUCGAGGGCACCGUCCCCGUGACGCAGGAGAUGAUAGCUCGUAUAUUGACCAAUGUUGUGAAUCACUGUCGUGUUCGCGGUGUUCCCAAGGAGGAAGAACUAGCGGCAUGGCCUGCUGGAUUCUUCACCAAGAUCAAAGCCGCGGUUGAGGAGGAGCAUAAAUAG